UCUACUCCUCUCCAUUCUUCUCUCUCUCUCUCUCUCUCUCUCUCUCUCUCUAUAUAUAUAUAUAUAUAUAAUAGAUAACCCCCUUAAAGAGAAUAAGAAUCACAUUCCAAUCCCUGUCUUCCCCGCCGCCCUUCAUUCCUCUUCGGCGCUACAAAUUGCGGAUAGCCCCCCCGAGAGAGAAAUCCCUCCCGGAUCCGUCCACGUAGUCCUGUUCUUCUACUUCACCUUCUCUCUCUUGGUCUUAGGGCUCUGGUGCUUGCCUUUUGUUUUUUUUUUCCCUGGGAUUUGGGUUUCGAUUGGCGGCUAGGGUUUGGAGGAGGGAAUGGAGAAGAAGCAAGGGUUCUUCUCGGCAGUGCGGGAGGAGGUGGCGAGGGGGCUGUCGCCAGGGAGGACGAGGGCGGAGAGCCCCGGGCGGAACGCGUCGGCGGCGGUCGGGCUGCUGCUGCCGCGGCGGUGGAAGGGGCUGCAUCGGCAGCAGGCUGUGGCGGACCUGGCGGUGCCGAGAUCCGGGAGUCUGAGGCCCGUCGGGGAGGCGCUGGCGCCGCUCAUUGAGGGACCCGAUCCGGGCGCCGGCGACGGCGGGUACCCGAAGAAGGAGGGCGGCGGUGGGUGGGGGCAGUGGGUGAAGGGACAACUCUCCCGGGCGCCGUCCGUCUCCUCCUCCGCCGCCGCUUCCUCCUCCUGCCGCCGCUCCGACCUCCGCCUCCUCCUCGGCGUCAUGGGCGCCCCCCUCGCCCCCAUCCACGUCUGCUCCACCGAUCCCCUGCCUCAUCUCAGCAUCAAGGACACCCCCAUUGAGACAUCGUCGGCGCAGUACAUACUGCAGCAGUAUACAGCGGCGUCAGGAGGGUUGAAGCUGCUGAGCUCCAUUCGGAACUCGUAUGCCAUGGGAAAGGUGCGGAUGGUGGCGGCCGAGUUCGAGACAGCAACCCGGGUCAUCAAGAACCGGAACGCCUCCCGCUCCGCGGAGUCUGGAGGCUUCGUCCUCUGGCAGAUGGCACCUGACAUGUGGUAUGUCGAACUUGCCGUCGGCGGCAGCAAGGUCCAUGCUGGCUGCAAUGGCAAGCUUGUCUGGCGCCAUACCCCCUGGCUCGGCGCCCAUGCUGCUAAAGGCCCUGUCCGACCCCUCCGCCGGGCUCUCCAGGGUCUUGAUCCAUUGACCACAGCUAGUAUGUUUGCCGAGGCUCGGUGCAUUGGAGAGAAGAAGGUCAACGGGGAGGAUUGCUUCAUCCUGAAGCUCUGUGCCGAUCCUCAGACACUGAAAGCUAGGAGCGAAGGCCCUGCCGAGAUCAUUAGGCAUGUCUUAUUUGGGUACUUCAGCCAGAAAACUGGGCUUAUUGUCCAAAUGGAGGACUCUCACUUAACCCGGAUCCAGUCGAAUGCUGGUGGAGACGCUGUGUACUGGGAAACCACCAUUAAUUCUUUCAUUGAAGAUUACCGUCCGGUUGAAGGUAUGAUGAUCGCCCAUUCAGGCCGAUCUGUUGUGACACUUUUCAGGUUUGGUGAGGUUGCCCUGAGCCAUACCAAGACUAGGAUGGAGGAGGUUUGGACCAUCGAGGAGGCAGCGUUCAAUGUUCCUGGCCUUUCAAUGGACUGUUUCAUCCCUCCGGGCGACAUUAAAUCCGGGUCAAUUAGUGAAGCCUGCGAGCUUCCUCAAGGGGAGAGGGGGAAGAACAACUUGGCAGGGAAUUAUCGGUCUAAGGUUGCAGCUCUGGGGAAACCGCAUGAUAAUGAUGAUAGCGUUGUCUGGAGGGUGGAAGUCUAAUGCUAAGACUACUUCAUAUCAGAAUCAAAUUGUUCAUACUUCUAGUUCAUCUUUUAGUUGACUAACGCACUAUGAAAUGUAGGUAGCAGGCACUAAUUCGAGGGAAUUCUAAAUUUGGUAAUUGGAGUAUCCUCUGUAAAUAGGAGCAUAAUCAUUCACAGGCCUCAUCCUGCUGGCCUUGUUGAAUUCUUAUACUCUGAAUGCAGAGUUGCUGGUAGGUGGAGUGUUUUGGUUGAUCUGUGGGGGAUGGAUCUGGGAUUUCUUCUUUCCUCCACAGAAUGCUGCCUUCCAUGCCCGAAGGAGAGGAUCGAGGUUGGGCUGAUGCUUCGAUUCUUAGACUAAUUCUCUAACUGGUGGCAACGGCAACUUCGUCGCCGGCAUGUGACUGUUCUGAUGUGUUUUCAGAUUUGAGUUUUUUUUUUUUUUUGAUUUGUGUGUGUUUUGUUUGUUGGUUCAUGUCUAAACUGUUCAGGAUGUAGGAAGAUGAAAGAUUUUAACUUUGGAUUGAUUGCGAGGUUGGAAUCUAAAGUUUCCUGGCCUCCUGCAGCCAUGGUGAUAUUUGAACUGAUGCUAGUCCUGCUAAGCUGGUUGAUGUAAACCAACCAAACUUUUGUUCUAUAUCAGUUAUUGGAUGGUUAUAUGUGUUCUUUUUUAUCCUAUAUGGCAUUAUAUGAAUUGUAUAUUUCUACCUUCACUUU